AUGGGUCGCUGUGCGAAGGAAAAAAUCACCAACAAUCGCCUGGAGCGACAGAAGACUGGAGGCGGGCCUCCACCUGCUGCAUUGAGCGUAGCAGAAGACAGGAUUGUUGAUGCGAUGAAGGACACCGCAUCAUUUAUUGAAGUGUCUGGUGGACAAGAGUCUGCUGUUCAGAAGUUCCGCCCGAAAGUAAUUCAAGGGGAAGAUGAGGAAGACAAGAAAAACCGCGCACAUACUGCGGUAUACGGUUUCAAGGCUGAGAUCCAGAUGAUGGAUAAUAAAAGUGACAGGGCAAAUCAGGGCUACAAAGCAGUAGACAAUAGAAUGGAAAAUAUAAUUGUACAAAAUUCCUGGAAUGAAGAUAUAGCAGAACCUCUCAUUUCACAGUGGAAACAAGAAUGCCAGAAUAAGGAGGAGAGAUCUUACGGAAUAUGGGAGAAGAAAAGGACAUGGCUACGAAAUUACCCUUCGGCGUAUGGGGAGAGCAUGUUUAUCAAAGAAACACCGAAAACACCGGAAACACCGAAAACACAGAAAACACAGAAAACACCAACCAAUGAACCGGUCACACUCACAACACCGAUGACGAUAAAUACAACACCAAAGACGUAUGCCAAAGUCGUAACUUCACCUGCAUCCAAAGGAUCCACGGGUAAAGGAGCCGUGACGAAACAACAUCAACAACAGGACCGAAGGGAAAUACCUCCGCGACAAGGAAAGGUUGCUCACCAACAGAAAGCUCAACCACAAUUGAACACAUCCGGUAGUAAUAAUGAUGAUGAUGGCGACGAGGAUAUACAUUUACAAACUCAGACUCACCGCUCAGCUAAAGGCACAGUCAUUGAAGAAGGAAUUGAGAAACCAAACAGCUAUUAUCCUACAAUGAAGAUGGCGACCAGUUUUAGCGAUGAGAAGGACGAUAUGUACUAUGUUCACGGCCAUAUUGGCAAUAUCAGUCGGGCGGCCAUCUUGGAAAGUCUAAGAAGAAUACUUAGUUCAAGGCAAGCUUCCAAGACGGAACAUCCAGUCAACAUAGCAGAUUAUGGAACUGCAGACGGACAAUCUUCUCUGUCGCUCCUCAAUGAAAUGAUAGAUGUCAUACAAACAGAUCUGGGGAAGGAACAAGCCAUUGUCGUGUACUAUAACGAUCAACCGAUGAACGACUUCAAUCGGCUAAGCAAAGUCAUCCAAGGUAAUAGACAGGAUUCUGGACUAACUGUUGACAACCACGUCUAUUCGGUGAUCGUUCCUAGGACUAUGUUUGAACAAUGUCUCCCUAACAAUACUCUGGACCUGGCAAUUUCCUCCGUAGCAACACAUUAUUUGUCAAAACGAGUUUGUCAAAUCAAAAAUGGUGUAUUUCUUGACGAAGCAGACGACAUUGAACAAUAUUUGAUGAAGGAGCAAGCCAAAGCUGAUUGGAGGUCUUUUGUUAUUUCUAGGGGACGGGAACUAAAGCCUGGUGGUUUUCUUAUUACAAUGACCCCAUCUUCAGAUGAAAAUGAUGAAGUACAAUUGCAUGUACACAUGGGAAACCUCUGCCUUGGGAGCAUCGUGUCUAAUAUGGCAAAAGAAGGCGUAAUUUCACAGGAGGAAUAUCUUGGAACAAACUUUCCCAACCACUAUCUGAGAAAGCCGGCUGAUUUUAAGGAACCGUUCACUAGUGCUCUACCGGAAGUGAGGGAACUUGGAUUAGAACUGGUGUCUGUUAAAUCAAUUAAAGACUAUCUGCAACACCCAACGUUUGACAUUGUCAACAAAGACGAGGAAGAAAAACUGGAAUAUUCCCGAACAAUAGUUGCUUCGAUCUACCCGUGGAUGCAUCACGUGCUUUCCGGGGGAUUGUCCAUUUCCCGAACGGAGGAUGAAAAACAGACCGUCAUUGACCAAUUCUUCACCAGAUUACAAACGUAUGCGUUUGAUCAUUCAGACCAUAAACCGUCCCUGAUCUACACUCAGGUUGUUAUAAAGAAAGCUCACAUCUAUUGAACAACGAAUGGAACAUACCUAACAUGGGGUAUCUAACUACAUCAUAAACAGAUACAUGUGUAUUUACACUAAGUUGAUAUUUUAAAACCACGUAUGAUUACAUCAGGAUCGAUUCUACACUAUAUCAUGCAAAUGUAACAAGUGUACCACAACGGCAUCGAAAUAAACUAACCA